AUGGAUAAACCACUCAGAUCAACAUCUGCACCAGCAAUCAAGAGGAGAUGUGUUGAUAUGGUGUCGCCUGAGAAGGAUGACUGGGCAAAACUUAUGGCGGAUUGUGCUGGACCCGGAGUCCCUGCUCAUGUGAGAGCCACAUCAGUGCUCCAGUCGAUAAAAAAGAAGCAAUUGGACUCAUUGCGGAAACUGAUUGGCGGUCUUGUGGAAGAGAAUACUAAGCUUAAGGCGGAGAAUGAUACUUUGAGAAAAAUGGUUGAAAGGAGGAAUUCGUUAACGAAUGGUUCAUCAGUACUAAGUCGCAAGUUAUUAAUUUCAACACAAUACCAAAUUUUCCGAGCUGCUAGGGUUCGCAAAAGAGGUGGUGGAGUUGCGGUCAUGGUCAAAAGUCCUCAUUCGGCUUGUAUUGUUUUCAAUGAGUCAGUAACUGACUCUUACGAAAUCUUAACUUGUGGUAUUUGGUUUUACUCUCUGGAGAUGAGAGUCAUAGCACACUCAUCCGUGACACCAAAAGCGGGCCGCCAAUUGGUAGCAGUGACCAUGCAGUCAUCAAAUUUCGUCUGUUUCCGUCUGAAAAUUAAACUACCUGCAUUAGAGAUUUUAAGUCGGCCUUUAAAGCGUGGCCCAUUUGGCACAUUUGAUAUUGCUCAUAUGGUAAAUGAAAAAUAUGAAAUGUUUUUAGCCGUUUUGAAGCACGCCAUGGAUUGGUUCAUACCUCCCAAAUUGAAAAAUGAAAAUGUGCUAUCUAAACUUCCCCAAUAUUCGAGCUCUUCGGAAAAGGUCAGGCAUAGGCUAUGGUGGCGAGCAGUUUUGUCGCAAAUGGCGAGUGACUGA